UCUUUCACUCUUUCCUCUUUCUAUAUUUCUUUCAAAACAAAGUUUUAAUUUUAAUUUUUCUGCUUUUGCUUCUGCUUCUGCUGCUCCGAUAUUCGACAUGACUACGCAAUAAAAAACCUAAUUUUCUCUCUCUUUCUCUUUCUCUCUGUACACUCUUUUGAGUUCACAGAGAUAAAAAGUAGAAAAAAAGAGGGAAACAAGAGGAGGAAUCAAGGGUGGGAUAUAUGUCCUUCAAUCAAUCAAGGUCCGAUAAAAGCGAGCAACAAUACCGAAAAUACGGGCGAUCUGCCAGCUCUAAUCAGCAGCGGACCUCCUCAGGCGCUUACGGUAAGGGUGCUGGCGGCGGGCCCGCCCCUUCACCGUCUUUUUCUUCCUCUUCUUCUUUAUCGUCGAAUCGAAGUUUAAAGAAGUCUAACAAUGCACAAGGAGGGCAAUCUCGGGUAAGUUCACCAGCUGUGAAUUCUUCGGAGUCUAGUAAUGCUUCUGCUGCACGAAACAUAGAAAAUGGUGCACAUGUACAGCCCCAGUUACAGGGAGCAUCUGAUGCGCCAGUUGGAAGCGGUGCUGCCAAGCCGGUUGAAUCACCUGCCACUCAGAGAAGUGCUCGAGCUGUUCCGAAGGCUCCAACUUCUCAACCUGCCACCAUGAGUUCUGACAGUAGUUUCCCUACAACCCCUGCAAAGGGAGAUGCAUCCAAAGCAUUCUCUUUACAAUUUGGGUCCAUAAGUCCCGGUUUCAUGAACGGAAUGCAGAUUCCAGCUCGAACUAGCUCAGCACCUCCAAAUUUGGAUGAGCAGAAACGUGAUCAGGCAUGGCAUGAUUCUUCUUUUAAACCUGUGCCGAAUGUGCCCACCCCCAUUCCUAAACAGAAGCUACCAAGAAAGGAUUCAGUUGCAACUGACCAACCUAAUUCUGGGGAGGCUCAUCCGGUGACCAAGGUCAAAAAAGAUGCACAAGCCUCUGUGGCACCCCCUUUGAACCAGACACAGAAGCCAUCUCUUCUUAAUAUGCCCAUGACUUCUAUGCAGAUGCCGUUUCAUCACCAGCCCCAGGUUUCCAUGCAAUUUGGGGGGCCUAAUCCACAGAUUCAGUCUCAGAGUGUUACUGCUACUUCAAUUCAAAUGCCAAUGCGUAUGCCAUUAGCCAUGGGAAAUGCACCUCAGGUGCAGCAGCAAGUCUUUGUUCCAGGUCUUCAGGCUCAUCCAUUGCCACCUCAAGGAAUUAUGCAUCAGGGUCAGGGCAUGAGUUUCACGCCACCCAUAGGUGGUCAGCUUGCACCGCCAUUGGGUAACCUGGGAAUUGGCAUUGCCCCUCAGUAUUCUCAACAGCAGGGAGGGAAGUUUGGUGUUCCUCGUAAAACCACUCCAGUCAAGAUUACUCACCCUGACACUCAUGAAGAAUUAAGGCUUGAUAAACGAACAGAUACAUGUUCUGAUGGUGGGUCAUCAGGUCCAAGGUCUCAUCCCAAUGUGCCUUCUCAAUCCCAGCCAAUUCCACCAUUUGCUCCUUCUCAUUCAAUCAACUAUUUUUCCAAUUCUUAUAAUACCAAUUCCAUGUUUUAUCCACCACCAAGGUCUCUGCCAUUGGCUAGUAGCCAGAUAGCUCCCAAUGUCCAAGGGCCGAGAUUUAACUAUCCUGUUAGCCAGGGUCAUCAAAACAUUUCUUUCAUGAAUUCAUCGGCAGCUCAUGGUUCACUGCCAGUUAAUAAAUCCAUAAAUUUUGCACACCCUUCAGAAUCACCUAAUGUGGAACCUGUACGUGAUGCACACAAUGUUACAUCAUCAGCUCCCUCAGGUUCAACACAGGUGACAGUUAAGUCAGCUACUGUUUCUGUUGGAGGAAAGGUAGCAGAUUCCUCCUUUUCAAAUAGCUUUCCUGCUGUUGAAAAGGUUGGGUCAUUAAAACUUUCAAUGCCAGCUAGCGAGGUUAGCUCAUCUCAGGCUCAACGGGAUUUGGAUACUUAUAAGGAGAACUCUGUGCAGCUUCCAAAACCUGGAAGUGAAUCUUUAACAUCCAAGUUGUUACCAGCUGCAGCUAAACAUUCUGGUGGAGUUCCUGCAACUAACUUGGAUGAGAGCCUGCCAUCUAAUUCUGUAUCUUCUGCUCCAGCUGCUACAUCUGAGGAGUCUAUGCCUGUUGUUUCCAGUAAUGAAGGCAGAAGGAGGGAGAGUGUGAGUAGGUCAAACUCUAUAAAAGAUUGUCAGAAGAAACCUGGCAAGAAAGCACAUAUUCAGCCACCAAUUCAGUCUACGUCAACAUCCAACUUGGCUUCCCACGCUGCAGAGCAUGCUAUUUCCUCAGACAGUGCAGUUUCUGAUAGUCUAGAGGCUAAAACAGCUCUAACAUCAUCAGCAGCUGCUGAUGUUUUGUCACAAUCUACUAGGGAAUUACCAACAAUUAUUGAUGUUUCACCUUCUUCCUUAGAACUAAAGUCAGAGAGCAAGAGAGAAGGCUUAACCUUUGUUUCAUCUGAAGUUUCUGUUACUGAUGGUAAUGUUGACAGCUUUGACAUGGUUCGGCAUGCUAAGAUGGUUGGUUCUUCCAAGCUGGAUGAGCAACCAAAACCUGAAAUUAGUGGAAUCAAGGAUGAAGAGGAAAAAAAAUUACCUGAAGAGCAAGACAAUGCUAGUUCUGAGAUUUCUCUUCAACCGAUUCCCCUGAAAUCUAUGGAGCUUAAAUCUGGUAAGGAAUCUGUUUUGAAGGCUGCAGCUACCUGCAACGAUGUUCCAACCUCAGGAACUGCAGAGAGGGUGCUCGAUGAAGAUGUGGGGGGUAGCAUAGAAAAUGAGAGAGUCACUGAUAGUAGGGAUGUCUCUACCUCUAGAAUUGCUAACUCUACAGAUAUUGAAGGUUCUCACAUUGGUAUGACCUUUGGUUCGGAUGCUUCUAGUGCCACUGAUAGCAAUGAGAUCACUGUUACUAAAACUGGUGCAUCAGACCAGCCGUCUGCUCUCGUCACAAGUCCAAAUCUCUCAGAAUCAACUUCAAAAUACGAAGGGGAAGGUGUUCUGUUACCUAGUCCCAAGGACAAACCUGUGCCAGAACUCAGUAGGACAAAGAGUACUAUAGCUAGAGGGAAGAAAAAAAGAAAAGAAAUUCUUCAGAAAGCUGAUGCUGCUGGGACAACAUCUGAUCUCUAUAUGGCAUAUAAAGGUCCUGAGGAAAAGAAAGAGACUGUCAUACCUUCGGCAAGUGCAGAAAGCAAUUCCAUUGGUGCAAAUUUGAAGCAGGCAUCUCAUGAGGCCCUUCAGGUGGAUGCUGUGGAAAGUGAGAAAAUUGCACAAAAUAAAGCUGAACUGGUUGAUUGGGAAGAUGCAGCUGACAUCUCUACACCGAAAUUAGAAACUUCAGAUUAUGGCGAAAAGACUCAUGGAGGGUUAGUAAAUCAUGAGAACGAUGGAGGUGGGAAUAUAGCAAAGAAGUAUUCCAGAGAUUUCCUCCUUAAGUUUGCAGAACAGUGCACUGAUCUUCCAGAGGGAUUUGCUUCCGAUAUUGCAGAGGCCUUAAUGGCUGCCAACGUCAAUGUGUCUCACUUUGUUGAUCGUGAUUCAUACCUUAGUCCUGGAAGAAUAAUAGAUAGGCAAUCUAGUGGAUCGCGAUUAGAUCGCCGUGCUGGUGGAAUGGUUGAUGAUGACAGAUGGAUUAGACCACCUGCUUCUUUUGGCUCUGGAAGGGAUUUGCGUCUUGAUCUUGGUUAUGGUGCUGCUGCAGGUUUUCGGCCUGGCCAAGGAGGUAACUUUGGUGUUCUAAGGCACCCACGUUCACAAACACCUCUGCCAUAUGUUGGAGGGAUCCUUGCUGGACCAAUGCAACCUAUGGGUCCACAAGGAGGGAUGCCACGCAGUAGUCCUGAUGCUGAAAGGUGGCAGCGUGCUGCUAACUAUCAGCAAAAGGGGUUGAUUCCUUCUCCACAAACUCCAUUACAGAUGAUGCACAAAGCUGAAAGGAAGUAUGAAGUGGGUAAAGUGGCUGAUGAGGAAGAAGCCAAGCAAAGGCAACUGAAAGCCAUUUUGAACAAGCUAACUCCCCAAAAUUUUGAGAAACUCUUUGAGCAAGUAAAAGCAGUAAACAUUGACAAUGCAGGUACACUCACUGGUGUCAUCUCACAGAUCUUUGACAAAGCUUUGAUGGAGCCUACUUUUUGUGAAAUGUAUGCAAACUUCUGUUAUCAUCUAGCAGGAGAGUUGCCUGAUUUUAGUGAAGACAAUAAAAAGAUAACUUUCAAAAGAUUGCUGCUUGACAAGUGCCAGGAGGAAUUUGAGAGAGGGGAGAGGGAGCAAGAAGAAGCAAAUAAAGUUGAGGAAGAGGGUGAGGCUAAGCAGUCUGAGGAGGAAAGAGAGGGGAAGAGAAUCAAGGCACGGAGACAAAUGUUAGGUAACAUUAGACUUAUUGGGGAGUUGUACAAGAAGAAAAUGUUAACUGAGAGAAUAAUGCAUGAAUGCAUCAAGAAAUUACUCGGUGACUAUGAGAAUCCUGAUGAGGAAGAUGUUGAGGCUUUGUGCAAAUUAAUGAGUACGAUUGGAGAGAUGAUUGACCAUCCAAAAACAAAGUUUUAUAUGGAUGCUUAUUUUGAUAGGAUGGCAAAGUUGUCGAACAAUAUGAAACUAUCUUCUAGGGUCAGGUUCAUGUUGAAGGAUGCUAUUGAUCUGAGAAAGAAUAAUUGGCAGCAGAGGAGGAAAGUUGAAGGGCCUAAAAAGAUUGAGGAAGUGCACAGAGAUGCUGCUCAAGAGCGACAAGCACAAGCCAGUAGGCUUGCUCGUGGUCCUGGCAUCAAUUCUGCUUCAAGAAGGACACCCAUGGAUUUUAGUCCACGAGGGUCUAUGUUAUCUUCCCCAGGUGCUCAGAUGGGUAGUUUUCGGGGGCUCCCCGCCCAACUCCGUGGUUUUGGGGCUCAGGAUGUUCGCAUGGAUGACAGACAGUCCUUUGAGGCUAGGACUUUGUCAGUUCCCUUGCCUCAAAGACCAAUUGGUGAUGAUUCUAUUACUUUGGGCCCCCAGGGUGGUCUUGCUAGAGGAAUGUCUUUUAGAGGACCACCUUUAAUGGCCGGUGCUCCCUUAGCUGAUAUUUCUCCGACUUCAGGAGAUUCAAGAAGAAUGGCUGCUGGUUCAAAUGGUUUUAGUUCUCUAUCAGAGCGAACUACUUAUGGUUCUAGAGAUGAUCUCAUGCCAAGAUAUGUGACAGAUAGACUUGCAGCAUCUGCUGCUGCUUAUGACCAGUUGAGUUCCCAGGAACGUGGCAUGAAUUUUGGUAAUAGGGACUUGAGGACCCCAGAUCGUAGUUUUGAUAGGCCUCUUGCAGUUUCACCACCUGCACGUGGUCAAUCAUCAGGUUUCACUCAAAAUAUUCCUCCAGAAAAGGGCUGGCCUGUGGAGCGCCUGCGUGAUAUGUCUAUGGCGGCAAUUAAAGAAUUUUACAGUGCUAGAGAUGACAAAGAGGUUGCUUUGUGCAUCAAAGAGUUGAAUUCUACAAGCUUCCAUCCCACAAUGAUUGCGCUUUGGGUGACAGACUGUUUUGAGAGAAAAGACGUGGAACGGGAUCUUUUGGCCAAGCUACUUGUCAGUCUGACAAGGUCGCAUGAUGGUGUGUUGAGCCAAGUUCAUCUUGUUAAAGGGUUUGAAUCUGUUCUCAGUACAUUGGAGGAUGCUGUGAAUGACGCUCCAAAGGCUGCAGAAUUUCUUGGUCGUAUUUUUGCCAAGGUCAUUAUAGAAAAUGUGAUCCCCCUGAGGGAAAUUGGGCGUUUACUAUAUGAUGGUGGAGAGGAGCCAGGGCGUCUUCGAGAAAGUGGACUCGCAGGUGAUGUUCUUGGAAGCACCUUGGGGAUGAUUAAAACAGAGAAAGGAGAAAGUGUCCUAAAUGAAAUUCGAGCAAGCUCAAAUUUGCGGUUGGAGGACUGGCCUCCAGAUCCUAACAGAUCAAGGAUGUUAGAAAAUUUUAUUUAGAGGAUAGUGAUGAUGCUCAUAUUUUGUUAGGAAGAAAAUCAUGUCUAGUGCUCGAGUCUUAGGGUACUUUUAUCAAUUCCCAAAAUUAAUUUUCCCUUACAUAUAUGGGUUUCUUAUUUGGCCAUGUUUUUAAUAUUUUUUGUCACAGCAAUUAUGAAAGAUCAAAUUGAGCUGCAUCCAUGCAAAGUAAUUUCUCUGCAGCAACUUGGGCUUUGCCUCUUCUCUUGUUGUGGAGAUUCCCAUAAUUUUUAACUUACGAAAAUUUCCUGUCGCGUAUGCAUCUAAACAAUUACAUUUGUUAUUUUACCUAAACUUUCCGUAAUGAU